UUUUAUAAUAAUAUUGUUAUAAUAUAAUAAAAUGUUUAGGAGGAUCAUCUUCCACCGACUCGAGAGGUUCACCCUCGGCACCAUUGCUCCCACCUUCAGAAACCUCGGCCAAAAUCUCUUCAAAACAGGUUCCCAAAUUUGUGGUCCUGACAGCCACUCUGACCAGCUAGUCCGGUCCAUGAGGUGCGUCCCUAUCAAUAACACAGUUUAUCCCAAGCUGCUGACUGCCGACUGGGUCGCUCCGAAUGCUACCAUAAUUGGAGACGUUGAAGUUGACGCUGGAAGCUCCAUUUGGCACACAGCUGUGCUCAGAGGUGACACUGCCAAAAUCAGAGUCGGAAAGAACAGCCUCAUACAAGACAGAGCCAUUCUCAAAAGCUCCAACAUUACAGACUCUGAAAUCAGUAUCGGAGACAAUGUGUUCGUGGGACCCAACACUCAGCUCGAUGCAUGCACUCUGGACGAUUUCUCAUUCGUCGGAAUGGGUGCUACUAUUGGAAGAGGUGUUGUUGUUGAGCCUUACGCUGUCGUAGCUGCUGGCUCAGUGGUUCCAGAGGGCACAGUGGUCCCAUCAGGCCAAGUCUGGGCAGGCCACCCAGCUCAGUAUCUCCGAGACCUGACUCAAGAAGAAAAACACCAGAUUGCUGAAAACCUCAUUGAACUCCAACAGCUUUCUCAACUUUAUUGCGAAGAAACUGAGAAAAGUUUCCGUGAGCAGCAAGACCACAUUGAAGACGACUUGCUGCGUGCCACCAGCUUUAGCGAAGAGGUGCGUGGCCUUGCUCACAAAGAAGCCGGUCUUCCAAUCGACAAAGACGACGCCCAAUACAUUUCAGACCCAAGGGUGCCCAACAUCUCGAUUGAGCCUGACCAGGGAGAUCGCACCUGGAGUCCUUACGAACAAGAUCUGAGCAGGUUCCCUGAAAUAUUCAAAAUGUACGGAGAGAACUUUGACAGAUAUGAGCAAGUCAAGAAGAGAUUCGAGACCGAGCAGCCGGGAGAACAGAUGGGAGAACACCCAAUCAAUCCACAGAAGCCAACGGACCAGUCUCCUUGGGAGAAGAGGUACGAUGACUACAUGCCAAGGCACAAAGGACAACUUUUGCAGUAAAUUGAAGCAUGAGCGAACUUGGAAUAAUUUUAACUUCAAUUUGCCAUUU